AUGUACGAAGAUCGCGAAUUAGGAAAUCAUAAUGAACAAACGUCAACAUCACCGGACUCGAUAUUAGUACCCCGACGGCGCCGACCGGCUCUUUCUUGUACCGUUUGCAGACGCCGCAAGCUCAAGUGCGAUCGAGCAUUACCGUGCUCGCAAUGCGUCAAGUCAAAGACCCCUGACCUCUGCGUUUACUCCGGACCCGCGUCGGGCCAGCCAUUGGAGAAUCGACCGAUGCGCACCGCUUCCGACCGGGCCAAUGUACCGAGUAAUCACACCAGCCCAGGUCAUAGUGGACUCUACGUCUUUGACUCGCGGCACCAGUCUACAAACCGAAUCACCAAGCCCAAAGGACGCCCCGAGGAAGUGCAAGAACUCCGACAUCGUGUGCAAGUGUUGGAAAGCGCUCUGUCCAGAGUUGGAUCCAUCCAAACGCCGGACAGUUCGGCGUGCGAGUCUGUGUCGGACUACGGACCCCGGAUAACCUCGGAGUCUCUACUACUCAGUGAGGACGUUAAGCAUCUACCAGGGCGAGCAUGUUUUAGGGGGAAAAAUGGAAAGACCAGGUAUUGUGGACGUUGUCAUUCGGCACUAUCUUUUUCAUUCUUCAAAGACGUGGCCUCCUACUUUCAAGACCGAUGCAUGCAGAAGAAGUCGAAAAGCCCGGAGUAUCUCAAGUUGAAAAAGUUCAGGGGCGAAAUGCUAUCUCGAGAGAAGCAAGAUCAUCAGAGGGCAUACCGUGAGAAAGCUUUCACGCUGGAAGAGAUGCUUCCGCACCGGAGAGUCGCCGAUGAGUUAGUCAACCUGUAUCUAUCCACCUUCGAAACGACAUAUCGAAUCUUGCACGUUCCGACAUUUCUCAAACAAUACGAGACAUACUGGGCCGGUACCGAAACCACUGAUAUGGCCUUUAUUGCCAAACUUCUGGCGGUGAUGGCUGCUAGUAGCUGCUUCUUUAGCCCAACAACGAGACUCAAUGAGAAAGAUACUUUGCAUAGUGCGGCGGGAGGGUGGAUCAUGGCAGUACAAUCAUGGAUCUCAUCCAUCAAUGUUAGCUCAACAAUUGACUUCAACAUGCUGCAGAUCCAGUGUAUCUUGAUCCUCGCACGCCAGGCUGACGCCACAGAUGGGGAUGUUGUCUGGAUCUCCUCGGGUUCUUUGAUCCGCUCUGCUAUGAUGAUAGGGUUACACCGGAACCCUGCGCGCUUUCCAAAGAUGACUAGGUUUUGGGCUGAGAUGCGUCGUCGUCUAUGGGCUACCAUCUUGGAGCUGGAUCUACAGUCAGCCUUGGACGGAGGUAUGCCUCCUUCAAUCGACUUAGACGAAUAUGAUUGUGACCCACCGUCAAACUAUGACGAUGACGACCUAAUGGAGGAUCUGACAGAGGACGUUAUCCCGAAGGACGCAGCGAUGGUGACACGCAGCAGUUUCCAGGUUCUGCUGUCGCAGUCGUUGCCGUUGCGUGUUAGGAUAGCGAAGUUAGUCAACAGUUUGAAAUUCACUUUGUCUUAUGACGAGGCAUUACGCCUGAGCGAGCAGCUGGUUCAGCACAGGGAUAGUGCCUUGGCUUUGUUCCCUGAUAACGCAUCCACAUCCAUUUCCCCUGAGAGCUUGCAGUUCACGAGGUCGUUCUUAGUGUUCGUCAUGGUCCGCUUUUUACUUGUUCUUCACCGUCCGUUCUCCCUCAGUGUGCAACUGUCGCCCAAAUUUUCCUAUUCACGGAAGAUCUGUCUCGAGUCAUCUUUGGAAAUGCUUUCUCAGUUGGAUGCUCCCGCUGUUAGCUUCCCAGAGGCACAGGCAUGUCCACAUCUAGGACAGCUCAGUGGGGGGAUGUUCCGCGACGAGUUUUUCCACGCCGCGAUCACCGUCUGUGUGGAGGUUUCCCUUCAAGCUACUGAGUUCUCCUCAUCGAAACAGCCUCCUGGCCAGAUUAGCUCAUUAAGUUCGCUGAAUGACUUGGUACGGUCCCAGCAGGAUGUCUUAGUCCGGGCCGUGGAGCAUACGCUGGACACCUUUGGCAGCCGAAUUUCGCCACGGGGGAAAGGGUGCAAGGCGUUUAUUUUCCUUGCAAUGGCUCUUGCAUCCGUUAAGGCGCGCCUGAAUGGAGAGGAUGCCUUAAGAAAGGUCGAGCAGGUGGCUGCAAAAUCCAUUAAGGACUGUGAACGGCUGAUUCGAGGGAAAGCAUGGACCGAUAUCCGAAGAGAAGAAGGUCCCGUUGUGCCGGAUAUCUCAACACCUAACGUGAACUCUGCGGCCUCUGAGAUACCGUUUGAUCCCGCGUUGGUUCCCUACGAGUCAGCUUCUGUUUCCCCACUUGACUUUGGUAAUUUGUUCGACUCGGUAGACUACGGAUUUCCGGAACUAUGGAAUAUGGACUUUUUCACAGGAUUUUGA